GCGUCUUGCAGUUCUCUUCUAAUGUCAACAAGCUGUGAAGCAAAGUCCGUUACACUCUUAUCUCCUUCAAGGGCAGCUACUCUCACAACAUUGGCUGGUGUCACUAGAAUGACUUUAACCAGCAGUGUACAAUUUCUGUUACCCAGUACUCCAGUGUCUACCCAUUCAAGUWCAGUACCAGUAAAUUCAACAUCUCCAUCAAUGACAGACUCAAGUGGUCUUGACAAGGUGGAGUGGAUUUUGAUGUUUGUAGGGAUGUUUCUUGUCUUGCUUUGCUUGAUCAUAAUUGUUUAUGUCAGCAAAAAAAGAUCAAGAAACCGCAUUGGUCACAAUCCCAGAGGAUUGAAAGAUUCAAGACAGUCACGUGACGAGUGUUAUGCAAUGCCACUUUUGCAACAGACUGGCAUACUUGUGAGUUUGCAAUCUGCGUUUUUGGACAACUCCACCAGAAACACCAAAAACAGUCAACAUUAAAGACCCGUCGUCAUGGUUAYCAAUAGAUUAUCUAUAACCACUGCAAACCAGUCAAAACGCGCAUCUCGAYAGAGAUGAUAAUUUAGAAUUUAUUGUGUUAAUAAACAUGUAAUCU